AAGUGUGCAAGGUUUGAUAAUGUUCUAAUGCUUUAAUUCUAAACACCUUCUUGAUACUGUUGAAACAUGCUAGCUCAAGGAAUCAGAGUUUUGCGAAGUCUAAUUAGUAGUGAAACUCCUCCAAACAAAGUGAUGGAAACGAGGCUAGAUUUAUACACAACGAGAGAAAUUCAUUCGGAUGAAGAUGGGUUAGUUUUGUACUUACCCACACCCGUUACGCAGAAAACUAAAGGAAAUCCUAAUUAUGAAAUCGUCUUAAAAAAAUCUGUCGCCCCAAAUUUGCAACCAUGUUUUAGUCUAUUCAGAUCCCAGGACGCAGAGGAAUCCGAACAAAAAUUCUCGAUAUACAAAGGCAAAAUUUCACCAUUCGUCGAAGCAGCCAAAGAGAUGCUCAACGUCCAGGGUGUGCAGAAACUCUGCGACGCCCUCUCGGAGCACCCCAAUUGGACCCUAGCCCAUUUAGCGGCCCAUUUCGCCACCCACGAUCUACUCAGCGACCAGAAACACCAGCACCUUCUCAACCUCACCGACGCCGAUACGGGAAUGUCCCCUCUGCAAGUCGCCGUCACCACAUUAAACGCCAAAACCGUGGAGGUUUUGGUAUCGGAAAAUUGCCCGUUGCACCACCUAGAUCACCACGGCAACUCCGCCUUCCAUUACGCAGCCAACACCACCAAAACCAUCGUCGAAGCGCUGGGCGAGGCUCCGAGGGAGCUGGUGAACGGCCGCAACCGCACCGGCUGCACGCCCCUCCACCUGGCUUGCCUGGCCGACAAGCUCGACUGCGUGCGAGCCCUGCUGCUGGCCGGCGCCGACGUCGACGCCGCGGCGGCGCGCAGCCGCCACCUCGACCGGCCGGACACCGUCUGCGAUUACCUCCGAGAGGACCACAAGGAGUUUUACGCGGACGACGCCAAGACGGGCGGCGCGCCCCUGCAUUGGGCCAAUUCCAAGGGGGUGAUCGAGGCGCUGGUCGAAGCCGAAUGCGACGUGAACGCGGUGAAUUUCGAACGGAAAACCGCCAUGCACGUGAUGAUAGAAAGCGAUAGAAUGGAGUGCCUGUUUACUCUGUUGAUACACGACGCUAAUGGGAAUUUAGGCGAUAAAGAUGGUAACAGACCGAUACAUUUAGCUGUUAUAAACGACAAUCCACCAGCACUUCAAGCUCUAAUCGCGUUUGGUGUGGAUUUGGAUGCUCCGAACGAUUACGGAGAAACACCUAGACAUCUAAUAACACCAGCACAUGAUCCGAAACUACUGCAUUAUUUAGCAGCUGUCGGGGCGAAGAGGUGCUCACGUAAAACGGAAAAAUGUACAGAAGGUUGCUCUCCGAAUGGUACAAACGAUGGUAAAGCGAACGCCAAACGCGCCACGACCACCACCGAUCAAGAUAUCAUCAAUUCCAUGCUUUAUGAAACCACCAAGAGAGCGAUAAAACUAACUAGAAAAACUAAAACCGGCGGGCGGUUGUUGUGUUUAGACGGAGGAGGAAUCAGAGGAUUGGUUCACAUACAAACGUUGAUAGAACUCGAAAAAGUUAUAGGCAAGCCGAUACAGGACAGUUUCGAUUGGAUGGCUGGAACAAGCACUGGCGGCGUUUUAGCGUUAGCGAUAGCCACGGGGAAAACGUUGAAAGAAUGCCUCUGCUUGUAUUUCCGUUUAAAAGACAAGGCGUUCGUCGGUACUCGGCCUUAUUCGAGCAAAAAUCUGGAAGAUAUACUGAAGGGUAUAUUCGGAACGGAUACCCACAUGGCCGAUAUAAAAAAACCCCGAAUAAUGAUAACAGGAGCUUUAGCCGACAGAAAACCCAUACAGUUGCAAUUAUUCAGGACUUACGAGAGCGCAAUUGACAUUUUAAGGGAUUCCACUGAUGAAUUAACGCGACGCUCAGACGAGCAGAUCGUUUGGAAAGUAAGCAGAGCCACAGGAGCGGCUCCCACUUACUUCAGAGCCUUCGGUAGAUACCUAGACGGCGGUCUGAUAGCAAACAACCCGACUUUGGACGCGCUGACCGAAAUUCAAGAGCACACCGCCGCCCUGAAAUCCAAAGGCAGGAAAAAGGAAGCCCGGCCGGUCACUGUCGUGGUUAGUUUGGGGACCGGUUUGGUGCGCGUGGCAAACGUAAAAGUGGUAGAUGUCGUCAGACCGGCGAGUAUAUGGGACGGAGUGAAACUCGUGAGCGGUAUAUCGUUCCUGGGCACGAUUCUACUCGAUCAGGCGACAACCAGCGAAGGCCGGCAUAUAGACAGGGCUCGAGCCUGGUGCGCGGCCAUACAAGUGCCCUACUUCAGGUUCUCGCCCGAAAUGUCCGAGGAAGUCGUUAUGGACGAGAAAUCGAACGAGAAACUUUGCAAAAUGCUUUGGGAGACCAAGGUUUACAUGCACGAGCAAUUGGACGUUAUGAAGGAAUUAGCAGGUUUAAUUAAUAAAGGUUGAGUAGUUUAUGGUGGAAACAUUCCAAUUGUGAACUAGUUUUAAUUUAAAUUGUGUGACGAAAAUUGGUAAACAAAAUUGAUUUUAU